UUUUAAACUUAUCUGUGAGGCUACGUGGUCAGUCUGGGAAGUACAUCUGGGCUGCCUCCUGUGUGUCUGGAUGAUACUGCAGGAAAAACGAAAUAAGUUGCCAAGAUGGUUACUAUAGGAGACCUCUUCAAAAUGUCGACCUUUUGGCUGAAGAUACUAGAACUGACGGUGACAGCAGUCUGUAUUGGUUUGGUGGCAGAUAAUUGGAACGUGGCCAUGACACCAAGCAAAGUUGCCGUAGUGAACGGGACUCUUGUGGGCUACAUAAUGCUCUCAAUUGUUAUCAUCUUGGGAAUUGCAUUGGAUAUUCCCCUAGACCGAACUCUGGUCCUGGUGAUCACACUGCCGGGAGCUGUCAUGUUCAUCACGUCGGGCGCAUUAAUGAUAGAGUCCUGGGACAGGAACCCCAACACAACUGGAGAAGUGCUUGGUUCCGGGGUCAUGGCCUUAUUAAACGGCUUCAUCUACCUGGUGGACUUCGGGCUCACGUACUUCAAAUAUAGAUAGCAUCCAGGAACUGAAAUUCGCUGAGAAGUGGACCAAUGUUAACUCGAAUGGAGUCAAGCGUCUGCAUGUUUUGUGCGAUUUAAACUAAGAGUUCUGUUCCGUACAGUAUUUUUAACAGCACAAUAACUUAUCGAUUUACGUGGUAGAUGCCUUCCAGAGAAACAGAGUGUAAAUUGAAAUCGUUUAAAUCUAGAGAUAAUUUUUCAUAAGAAAUUCAGGAAAGUGAGGGAUUGUGAACACAGGCAAACCAAACCAAAGGACAUAAAUAUUUGUUCAUGUAAAAUAUUUCAUAUAAUUUGUUAUUUAAUUUUAAGCAUGGUUUUAUUUAGGGGCACCCAGUAGAGUAGUUGGUUGAGGCACUAUGCUACAAGCUGCAAGAUCGCGGGUUCGAAUCCCGAUG